AUGGCAUCUUCGUCUCCCAAUGGCUUAGACACUCCAGCAAAACAACCAUACCGCGAAGCACGCCGCAGCCGAAGCUCUCGAGGUGACGAGCCCGCCGACAGUCCCUCAAGACAGCUACACCGCGAAUUCAGCCAGUUGUACCUCGACUCUGACCGGAGUUUCCUCGCGCGCCUCGAUGAAGCUGCAGAAGAGCGCGCAAAAGAACAUGUCGAGGCGCUCGAGUAUAGCAAAGCGCAACACGAGCGCGUAAGGCAAACCGCGGACAUUGCCCGACUACGAUUCGAACUCGAGCACGAGAAAGAACGGCAGAAGCGCGAAGACGAUGAGCGGAGAGCGCUGGAGCGCGAGCGCCGGGAGCUCGCGGAGCAAGAGACAGCGGAGCGGCAGCGGCAGAGGGAGGCGCUGGAGCGGAUUGAGGCAGAGCGACAGAGAGCGGCCGAAGAGGCCAAAGCAGUCGCUGAGGCUGAAGCGAGGUUGAGAGUGCAGCAAGAGAGACAGGCUGCGGAGAAGUCAAGGCGAGAAGCAGACCAAGCAGAGUCUGAUCGGAAAGCACGGGAAGCUGCAGAAGCCGCUGAGAGGACAAGUCGAGAAGAGAAGCCCCGAGUGGUGCCGCCACCGACAACGAUGGCGAUGACUGCCGUUUCCCAAUCUGCACCUAGCCAGCCCCAGUUGGCCGGAGCCAGCAGCUGGGCCUCUGAUAUCUCCCACCUAGUGUCUCCACUUGCGCAGAAAGAGGCCAUUCAUCAGCAAUAUCUCGAGCUGCAUAAGCGCCUAAAAGACUUCCGCAGGUGGAUGAAGGGUCUAAGAGUACAGUACCCUACGCUCAAAGAGAAGAUGGGGCCACACAGACGCGAGAUGAAAAACCAAAUAUCUAAACUGACAAGGGUCCGGGGUGCCAACACGAAGCCGCUCAGUGCAAUCCGUGCAAUCUUCCAAGAUGCUCUCAACUACCGAGAAGGCCCUACCAUCGACGCUCGCCUCUAUUUCGUAACACCACUUCCCGUAGCCUCCGAGGCGGAGGCUCAAGUGCCAGCCCUCCUGCUAUUUCUAAUGAACUCCUUUGCGAAGCUAAUAUUCGCCCAAUUUAUCGACGAAGGCGGCACCGGCCGCGAAGUCGACCACGUAGGCCUCUGCGCCGGCCAAAUCUUUGCGCAAAACGAACACCGCUUCCACGGCGUCCCCUUCACCGACCUCCUUCUGUGCAAGUUCCACGUCUUCUGCCCCGUUCUGUUCGGCAUCUACGGUGACCCAAAAACCGAUGCCGGAAAGCGACGCAUUGGUUGGCGGUGGGAUAGCGACGAGGGGCAGUGGGUCGACACCAAGAAGCACAGCGAGCGCAUGACUGGGCUUGGCGCGGGCUUUGCCUCGAUUUCGCUGCGUGACUUCUCCAAGGCGAAGAAUUUUAAGACAUUCUACCCGAACUCGAAUUACUGGCGUGCUCUGUCCAAUAUCGUCAACACGCGGCCGCGGGAUGUUACCGACACACAUUACCUGGUGCUGAAGUCGCUCACGGAGAGGUUUGCGGCCAAGUUCAUCCAGUUCUAUGGUCAUGCUGCGAUUGUUGCGCUGAGGAAGGCGCUUCUGGAGUUUCCAAAACACAAGAAGAGUGUCGCUAGUGAUGCGUUAGGUACGGUAGUGGAGGCGAUUAAGAGGGAUUUUCACAUUACGCUCUAA